CUCAUGAUCUCAUCCCAUGGCCUUAUAUAUUGAGGCUUCUCCUCACAAACUUUUCCAUUCUACAUUCACAGUUCAUUUCAAUUCUUAUACAGUAUAUAGAAAAGAACGGAGUUUUAGCCAUGGCUGCAUCUUUCUCUAGCCCUUCGAUGAUUGUGGAGGAAGAAGGGAGGUUCGAAGCAGAAGUAGCUGAUGUGCAAGCAUGGUGGAACUCCGAGAGAUUCAAGCUCACGCACCGCCCCUACUCGGCCCGCGACGUCGUUUCGCUCCGCGGCCACCUCAAGCAAAGCUACGCCUCCGAUGAGCUCGCCAAGAAGCUCUGGAGGACUCUGAAGACUCACCAAGCCAAUGGCACGUCCUCGAGGACCUUCGGCGCGCUUGACCCUGUCCAAGUGACCAUGAUGGCUAAGCACCUCGACACGAUUUACGUCUCGGGCUGGCAGUGCUCGUCGACUCACACGUCGACGAACGAGCCCGGGCCUGACCUCGCGGAUUAUCCUUAUGACACGGUGCCUAACAAGGUGGAGCAUCUUUUCUUUGCGCAGCAGUAUCAUGAUAGGAAGCAGAGAGAGGCUCGGAUGAGUAUGAGCCGCGAGGAGCGUGCGAGGACUCCUUUUGUUGAUUAUUUGAAGCCGAUUAUUGCGGAUGGUGAUACGGGGUUUGGUGGGGCCACGGCUACUGUCAAGCUGUGCAAGCUGUUUGUUGAGCGUGGUGCGGCUGGGGUUCAUAUUGAAGAUCAGUCAUCGGUGACUAAGAAAUGUGGGCACAUGGCUGGGAAGGUUCUUGUGGCGGUGAGUGAGCAUAUAAAUAGGCUGGUGGCAGCGCGGUUGCAGUUUGAUGUGAUGGGGACGGAGACGGUUUUGGUGGCGAGGACUGAUGCUGUGGCGGCAACUUUGAUCCAGUCGAAUAUUGACACGAGGGAUCAUCAGUUUAUUUUGGGUGUGACUAAUCCGAAUCUGAGGGGAAAAGGCUUGGCCACAGUGUUGGCAGAGGCAAUGGCUGCUGGGAAGACGGGGCCUGAGCUUCAGGCUAUUGAGGAUAAGUGGUUGUCGAUGGCUCAGUUGAAGACGUUUUCGGAUUGUGUGGUGGAUGCGAUCAAGAAUUUGAAUGUUGGGGAGGGUGAGAAGAGGAGGAGAAUGAGUGAAUGGAUGAGUUGCUCUGGUUAUGAGAAGUGUUUGUCGAAUUAUCAAGGCCGGGAGAUUGCUGAGAGGUUGGGACUUGAGAAUCUCUUCUGGGACUGGGAUUUACCUAGAACAAGAGAAGGGUUUUAUAGGUUUCAGGGUUCUGUGAUGGCAGCCAUUGUUCGCGGUUGGGCUUUUGCGCCUCACUGUGACAUUAUCUGGAUGGAAACCUCGAGCCCUGACUUGGUUGAGUGCACGAAGUUUGCACAAGGAGUGAAAUCCGUGACACCUGAAACCAUGCUGGCCUAUAACUUGUCCCCUUCUUUCAACUGGGAUGCAUCUGGUAUGACCGACCAGCAAAUGAUGGAUUUCAUUCCCAGGAUUGCCAAGCUGGGCUAUUGUUGGCAGUUCAUCACCCUGGCUGGUUUCCACGCGGACGCUCUGAUUGUGGACACCUUUGCCAAGGAUUUUGCCAGAAGGGGCAUGCUGGCUUAUGUCGAGAAGAUACAGAGGGAGGAAAGGAACAAUGGCGUCGAUACUCUGGCUCAUCAGAAAUGGUCUGGCGCUAAUUACUACGACAAAGUUCUCAGGACUGUGCAGGGAGGCAUCACUUCAACUGCUGCCAUGGGCAAAGGAGUGACUGAGGAUCAGUUUGGGCAGACAUGGACUAGGCCAGGGGCUACCAACAUGGGCGACGGCGCUAUGGUGAAUGCAAAAUCAAGAAUGUAAGAAGCAUAGUGAUGCUGGCAGAAGGCAGUGGGAGCUUGGAAUCUUAUAUACUGUCCUUUGAUUUUGUAAUAAUAAUUAUAAUAAGUUUUUUAGGAAAUAAUGGUCAUUGUGUAGUUUCGCAUUUUAUGAUCCACACAAACUUUGCAGGCAUGUGGUUGCUGAUGUAGCUCUCUGAAGCCUUGUAAAAGAAAGAAGCUAUUUGGUUUAUUAAUAUUGUUAUUUGGUUCA